UCCUUCCUCUUUUGUCUUGAGGUUAAUAUUGUUAAAAAAAACAUAUACUAUUAUCUAAAAGAUCCAACCUCUCACACAUGCUUAACCUUUUUGAGAAGGUGACAUGACAUACAUAUUAAGCAAGAGAAAACCAUCACAAGUCAAGAAUCCUUAGACCUUUAGCAACUUACCAAAGUCAUCCCAUAUCUUUCCUAGAAUUCUUUAAACACACCUUAUAUAUACAUUUCAUCCACAUUUUUCUCCUUUUCACACCUUUAUCCACACACUUCUUCUUAUUUGCUAUCUUCUCCUUCUAAACAUGCCGUUUCCGCCACGUCGUCGUGUAAGCGUCAACGGGAACCAAAGGAUGAGAACUUAUCAUUACUACUGGUGUCGACGCUGUCAAAGAACAUUUAGAACCAACUCACAUAACAUACCUGAAACUGUCUGCCCACGGUGUUUAGGUAUAAUUCCCGAUGAGCUUGAUUUCCAACGACCUAGGUUGGUAUCCAACAUCGCAGAUAUUGAACCGUCUUUAGCCACACAAUUUAUAGAGAAUUUGGCUCUUCUAUUUGACCCACCCGAGCCACCACCACAAUUUAUCAGACAACAAGGUUCUGAUACUGAUAUUGAACAAGGUCUAGAUUCCAACUUUAUUUUCCAUGUGACUGGUUUGCAACCUAAUGGUGGAUCUCUUAGUCAUCAAAAUGCAACUUUUGAGGAACAUAAUGAUGUUUCCAAUGAAGAAGAGGGCACAAGGUCACCACCAACACCAAUUUCAAUUAUCGAAGCCUUACCACUUGUGAGCCUAACUCAAUCUCACUUGGCUAACGACUCAGAUUGCCCAAUUUGUAAAGAUGAAUUUGAAGUUGGAGGAGAAGUAAGGGAGUUACCUUGUAAACAUUUUUAUCAUCCCGAUUGUAUCGUUCCAUGGUUAAGUGUUCAUAAUACAUGCCCCGUAUGUCGAUAUGUGAUACAAGGUCUCUCAAAUAAUUAUGCCCACACACAUUAUGAAGAAGAUGGCUUUGCAAGACAAGGUUCUCGAAACUCUGUCAACAUGAAUCGGAGCUUAGAGCAAUUUAUCACUUUAUGGCCUUUCAGAGCUUUCUCAAACUCGACAUUUGGACAUGCUAAUUUUCAUGACAUGAAUAAUCCAACUUCUCUCUUAGAUAGAAUUGGCGACACACUUGGUUCGGUUUAUGACUUCUUAUUUAAUUUGGUGUCACCUUUUAGAAAUAAUAUAUAUUAAGACGUUCUAAACAACAUAAGAUAAAUUUCAUAAUGUAUGUCAUUUAAACAAUUUAAAAAUGACAAUAUUAUUCAUUGGAAAUAUUGAAAUUCGGUUCUAUCAAAGAUAUGUGUUGGAUUGGAUCCUUACGCUACUCUUUAUUUGGAUUAUUCUUGUGGGAUGUUCAUGUUAAUAUUCUCUAGAUUGUUCCAAUCCUUGUAAAAUACGUCCCAUGAAAAUUAUAAUGAUAUGUAUUUCUUAUAAUAUUUAAUAUUCAUUUGGUUAUUAAUAUAUGUUA